UCGAAAAGAAGGUUAUUGUUACAAUGAGACGGGAACCGGACUAUCGAUAAAGUGUGUUUGUAUGUCGUUUACGUCGAUAAUAAGUGUUGUGUUUACUUCAUCCGUGCGAAUGUCUCAAUCCUUACCUUUUUGUUUGUUUGUUCUUUUAAUUACUGCCGCAUGGGACGGCGCUUACGUUUCAGUUAACCCUUUAUUUUGAAACGAUGGAACGUUGUUCUUAUGGUUUUUACACCAAAAGGUCUGAGAUCCUAGAUAACAUUCAGAAAAAGAAAGAUCAAGACAAAGAACAGCCACAGAGUCCAAGUUAUCAGCAGCAGUUGUCGAAGCCUACAGAUAAGCCGCUGCACACGCCAGACGCGCAGAAUGUCAGUGUCCCGGUGACUCAGCAUGUUCCCGCUCAGCAGCUUCUGUCUCCCACACAUGGUCCCAGCCAGCCCAUCCUAGCGAAAGAAGAUUCUAAAGACAAGACAAUAAAGGUUGCCAAUUCUACUACAAUAACAUUGAUAGAGAACGGUAACCUCAACGGAGAAAAAGAUAAAGACAAUAAUUACCCUAAAAACUUUUUUACAUUAGAACCCAAGAAUGAUAAGAAAGAUGAUUCUUCUAAAAACAGUAUUACCAUAACUAGGACUCUGCCAAAACAGUCACCUGGCAACGGACAGGUUGACAAAGGAAAAGGGCCAUCAAAGCCUGCAAAGAGACCAUUACAGUGUCUAGAAACACUUGCUGAAAAGGCUGGUAUCACCUUUGAAGAUAAGUACGAAGCUGCAAACACAUUACUGGCUCUAGAUAAGCAAAAUAAUCCCUUUAGAAGACCUCCAGAAUUGAAACAACCAAAAUCCGAACCAGACAAUAAUAAUCAGAGUGAAGAGUAUAGAUAUAGGAACCAAAAGGAAGAGGAUGAUAAGUUGCAGAUACAACAACAAAUAAUUCAGCAACAACAACAACAGCAGCUUUUGCAACAACAACAACUGCAACAUUUGCAGCAACAACAGCUACAGCAGCUGCAGCAGCAGGCUUUGCAGCGACAGCAUCAGCAAGCUAUACAACAGCAUAUUAAAAAUCAGCAAGAUCAGCAGGAAUUGCUACAGAAACAGUUCCAACAGCAGCAACAGCAUCAACAACAGCAGCAACAACAACAACAGCAGCAACAACAACAGCAGCAAACUAAAACAGAAUUACAACAAGUGCAACAACAAGAACUUCAGCAGCAAAAGUUUUUACAGGUUGUGAACAAUCAGCCAGUGCACACACAACAGUUUAACGUACCUGGAAUAGGAGAAAUUAACCUUAGUUUCUUGGCAUCACCUCAGAGCAACGUAAACUUGCUCUUCGACAAGAACCACAAGCCCGGAAUGAGUGGCGACAUAAAGCAGCAACAGAUUGUAGAUGGUCAAGGUCAAGUGGUCCAGCAACAGAUGAGCAUGUCCCAGCACGAGCCGUCGCAGCAGCACCACCAAACAGUCACCGUCGUCUCCUCCAUGCCCAGUAGUAUGGCUGCGCAUCAGGUGCAGCAGCAGCAACAGCCAACUGCAGGCGGCAUCCAGCAGCAAGGCAACGCGGGUAUCUCCACCAUGCCCCCGCUGCAGAGCCUGCCGCCCAACACACAACACCCGCAGCAAAUCAGUGCGGAGUGGGCACACAACCGGGUGCAGGUGAUCCAGCAACCGUUGCAGAACAGCACGUACCUCCAGCAGCUGUACAACCCUCAGGGCCCGCUCCUCAUGCCCGGCAACAUCGCCCUGCAUCCAGGCAUCAACUCCCAGCAAAUACAGGUUAUAGCUGCGGGUAAGCCGUUCCAGGGGAACCAGUUGGCACCACACAUGUUGACCACACAGGGGAAGCAAGUGCUUCAGGGACAAGCUGCUCCGUUCCCGGGGUACACGACGAUCCCGGCCAUCCCCACCACGCAGAACCAGACGUUCGUGUUCAGCCCACUGGGCGUUAUCAACUCGCAGCCGAGCAUCCUUCCCGCGCAUUCGCAGCCCACCGUCUCCGGCAUCUCACAGCAACAGAAACCCGCUGAGAUGCACAAGGUGAUGAGCGGCGGCAAGAUGACAGGCAGCAAGGUGGGCGGGUCUUCCGCGGGGGGAACACAGACGGUGCCUGUGCAGGCGCAGUGCGUGCAGGUGUCGCAGCCGGUGCUCAGCGCGCAGCAACCCGCGCAGGCGCAGAUCAUUAGCCCGCUGCAGACUGGCGGGCAGACGAUGCAGUUCGCGCCGUGGCAGAUCUCUGGCGCGCUGCCGCAGGUGUGGACUGGAGGCCUGCAGGCUGGGGCGCUCCCGGCCGGAGGCCUACUGGCCCCUAACCCCAUCUUCAUCCGCGGCACCCAGCCCGACGCGCCGCCCUCCAUGUUCAUACACUCGCCGCAGAACAACGUGCAGCAUAACAAUGUGAGCGUGUCGUGCGCCACCGGGACCACAACGAAGCCCCGUGCGUCGAGCGAGGCCAUGGCGAAGGCGCCGCGGCCGCUUUCCAACAUCCUGCCCUCCGGCGGCAUCAGGCCUGCCUCCUCAGUCUCCACACAAACCGCCAACCAGGCACAGAAUCAGGCCAAACACCGAGGCAAGCCGGGCGUGCGGUCGCCGGCGCCGGCGUCGAAGCAAGACGCCGCCAACCAGACCAACAAGAUGCAGCACCAGAUGCAGCCGCCCAAACAACAGUUGUUGGUGAUGAACUCGUCGGGGCAGAUGACGCAGAUCACCAGCGUCGCGGACAAGAAAGCCAUCACCAGCACCAUGCAACAGCAACAGGCCAUGUUGCAGCAACAAGCUAUACAGCAACAGCAGCAGCAACAACAACAACAGUUGCUGCAUCAACAGCAGACUCAACAAGUGAUGCAACAUUACCAGCAACAAGGGAUGACACUGGGUAUGCAGCAAGGAGGUUUGCCCGUGGGAUCAGUCGCACAGACGCUGCCCAUGGCCGGGAUGCCGCAAGCCAUAUCCAUGGUGCAACAAAUCCACCCCCUGGGAGGUAUGGCGCAACCUGGGACUCUGGUAGGCCAGAUAAACACGUCGCAACCCCCUCAGAACGCGACUCUUACCCCCGUACAGACAUUGCAACAACAGCCGCAGUUGAUGGGCGGCGGCUUAGUCCAGACUUCAGUGGGCAUGGCAGUGCAGCAACAAGCACUGAACCACACCUCCAUGCAGACGGUGUCUGCGAACAACAUGAGCUCACCGCAGCUGACGUUGCAUUCGCAGGGGACAGUGGGGCUGAUCGCGGCGCCGGUGCAGGGUUCCAUGUUGCCCCUGCCGCCCCCGGGCGCUCUGGUCGCGCACGUCAAGAGUGAAGAUGAUAAGAGUUCGCACAUGCCCCCGCCAGCACAGGCACCAGUCCUGCAGCCGAUAGCGCCUCACCCGCCCGCCAUGGAGGCGGCACCGGAGCCCGCGACAUCUACAGCCGCACACGCCGCGUCGUCCGCUCCCACCAGCACCACCGCAGCCACCACUACCACCACCACCAGCGCCGACGCCUCCGUCUCUACCAGCACCACCACUGUCGAUUCAUCAAAGCCGAUUCAACCGAAGAUUGAGGCUGUGCCGACGCCGGCCCCGGCCGAGCCCGCGACCAGCGCUGCGCCCGCGCCACCCACUUCGAGCGCGCCAGUGCCCAGCAGCGCGCAGCAAACUACGCCCGUCGCACCACAGGUGGUGACGACUGUGGCGUCAUCAACGUCAUCUUCGUCCACGAUGACGUCAGCGAUAACCGCGCCCGUGUCGUCUGGCGGCACCACGCCGCUCUUCAAGUCUACACAGUGCACGCCGCGGCACAUCAACCAAACUGCCGCUCAUGGUCACGAUAAGGGAUUACCAAAAGCGAUGGUGAAGCCUAACAUACUGACGCACGUUAUCGAAGGAUACGUCAUUCAGGAGGCUGGGGAACCGUUCGCUGUGAACCGUCCGCUUCGGGAGUGGUCAGCGGCUGCGGACAAGGAUCAGGACAAGGAGAACAAACUGCCUUCACCAGACGAACCUCCGCGCAAGAAGCAGCUGUUGGACACGAGCGCGAGCCUGGCCCGUAUAACGUCGAGCAUGGAGACUAGCAGCGAGCCGGUGACGCAGCCGCCGAGCCUCAAGACCGAGGUGGCGGCGGCCAGCGACGCGGGCGACUCCGCCUCCGGCGACGCGGAGGCACAGCCGGCCAAGAUACCCAACGCGAAUAAGUGGACGGUGGCUGAAGUAUGUGACUUCAUUCGCAACAUCCCGGGGUGCGCGGGCUAUGCGGACGAGUUCCUCAUGCAAGAGGUGGACGGGGAGGCGCUGCUGCUAAUCAGGCCGGAGCACCUGGUGAUGGCGCUGUCGAUGAAGCUGGGGCCUGCGCUCAAGAUCGUCGCGUGCAUCGACUCCUUGCGGCCCGAGAGCGAGCAGACCACGCACGAGCAUGACUGAGAAUUACUUUAAUAUCUUCGCAAGUUCUCCGAGGGUAAUACAGGAGACCAGUGUUCAUCUGAUAUGAUAAAUAGUACAUAAGUUUCAAAAAACAUAAUUUAUUUCGUAUACUGUGUUUAUAUGUACAGAACACCUAAUAGUAGUAGUUUGUAAGUUAAUAGUUUAACAUAGUUAAGGAAAUACUUAAAAAGUUGUAAAAGCUGGUUUGCAUGUAAUAAUGUACGGUCUCGUCAUAGAAUAAACAAUUAUACUGUAUAGCAGGGACACUCUCCGCUCCGCACCGACACGAGCUUGGAGCGAGCUUAAUUUACCUCACCCCUCCCGAUGGGGGUUACUUUAGUCUAUUUAAUCCGUAAGCCAUUAAGGAAGGAGUAAGGUAGCGCGCGGACUGUCUGUCUCGCGGGUAAGGCGGCGCGCACUAAGAACGAAUUUUUUGUAUAGAGUGUACGGGCUGUGGUCUCAUGUCACGAUACUCGUCCAAAUUGCAGGUAACUCGUUAAAGGAGUGUAACGAACGACGCUACUAAGAUAUUACAUUGUUUAACAGGGAAGAUAGUGAGCUAUUACCAACGCAGGUUUAAUUCGAACUUAGUACACACUAGUUGGGAAUCGUACUUUCUCCUGAGUGAGAUAAUGUAUUUUCGAAUAGGUUUCCUUGGGAUUUUCCCACUUCCACGUUUUCACGGUCUCAUCAUUCAUUAGCCUAUCUCAUAGACGCGGGAAAAUAUUUCAGCUAAGAAGCGCUGUACGUCUGUCCCUUAAGAAAACUGAGCAAACAUUGACAGCAUAUCGAUCGCUGUGAUCGUUCACUGGUUCUUCUCCUACAGAACUAUCGUGUUAUAAUGCGAACCAGUUUGUAUAGCUAACAAUAUUAUAGUGUGUGGUGCCAUAAACAAAUGUCAUGCACACACUAUGCAUUCACCGCAUGCUUGACGUUCAAAUAUGAUGAGAUCCUAUUCAUAUAGUCGUGUAGUUAAUAAUAUUUUGAUCAUAUAUGUAAUUCUUAAUCGACUUGUACAAUGUCGUUUUGAAUAAUAUUACAUGUUAAGAAUAUUAAUACAAAUAUGGUUGACGACAAGAUUUCACAAUGAAUAAGGGAAGCAAUUGCCUUCUUAAGUUUGCCACGCUCGUACAAAACUAAAGUGGUUCUAGCUCUAUUUUAUUUUAUAUACACCAUUGUUUGAAAAAUCUUACUCUUGACUUGCACCUAGAUAGCCUUAAGUUAUUACGUUAUAUGUGUAGUUGGACCCUUGCAGAGACUUCAAGGUUUGUUUGGUGGUGGUCGUAUAAUCAACCGAAUCUCUGCCUGUUAUUAAUUUAUUAUUGGUAUUCCUAUAAAAUUUUCCCGAAAAUAACCCCGAUUCAACCUUGAGAUGUUUGUGACGGUCUGCCUGCGUUUUGUAUUUAUUUUCUAUAAAAAGUAAGCUAGGCUUAUUUUAAUUUGGUAUAAUUUCGCCUAACGAGGCGCGCAGGACAGAUGUCGAAAGAUCCGCCUAUUUAGUUUAAGCUUUAUGCAAUUUAUUACCUCUCUCUCACACUCUCUAAAUUAAAAAAAAACUUUUAAAUUACGUUUGCGAAUGCUUCGUUCAAUGACUCGUACAUGCUCCAUUCAAUGACUCGUACAUGCUCCAUUCUAUGUUACAUGUAAUUUAUCUUAGAUUAUCAAUGUCAAUUGCAUGUUUUAAUAUUUGUUGUAAAUUUCAAUGUUGUUACUGGAUGAGGAGUGUCGUGCUUUUAAUUUUGUGCGGGUGAGAGCAGAUUGGAAAUAUACUUAUGGUGAUUAAUUUUAUGAUAAGAGUAAAUUAUCUUAAGUUUGACUACCAUAUUUGCGGCUGUAUAUAUUCUUAUUAAUUUUAAGUGUAGAAACUUACGGUCUUAGGACAUUAGUUACAGUUGUACGUAUUUGUUGUGUGUACAUACUAUAUGGUAAAAAAAAAUUGUCUAUUGAAAUAAUCUCUCAAGUUUUAACAUGUAUUAUUUGUCAUUUUACCUUGAGUAUUUAAAUGUUUAUUUAGUGAUGUAUGUUAGAGAUAUAACCUAGGUUAGACGAGAGUGCAAUCUAGCAGGGAUACUUACUGAUGUCUGAUUCUCUCGCAAGGAAUUAUUUUAUGUUGAGGUUAAUCUCGAGAAAACAAUGAAAAUAUAACACUGUAAAAUAUUAGAUCUAUGGUGCUAAUUAUCUUGUACUUGUGAAGCUUGGAAUUUAACUAAUAUUAAAAUAAUAUUUAUGUUUUUACGCAUUAGUUCAGUACCAGUAUGACGUUGCUUAUCGAACACCUACUUAGGUAUUAUUUUUAGAGCAACACGGGUGAGGAGUAGUCAUACGCAGGCGUUCCCUUCUGCCAAAAAGUUUGCACAUUUGUGAUAUAUAAUGAUUAAAGUAAUAUGUAGGCUUACAUUUAUUAUAAUAACCACGUUGGUUAUUAUAUUUCAAACUUUUCUUUAUCGAUCCCUAAAAAUUGGCAGAAAAAAUGUAUCGACAAAUAUCGCUAUGGCUACUCUCCUCCUGUCCGCCGGAGGGCCGCGCUGCUCUAUGGUCUUUUUGCGCUAUCUAUCGGAAUUAUACAUUGAACUCUGAAAUGUACAUAUUAGCUAAUUAACUUUUUUAGACAUUUUACACUAUUUAGCUUGUUGUGUACAUAGUGAUGUUAAUUAGAUACCAAAAACAGGUCAGUAAAAUAUCAUACCGUAAGCUCUUGGAUGGUAAAACUAAAUAUUUUAAGUAAGUAGAUAUUUUGUGAGUAUUUUAUUGACUUUCAGAAUAUAUGAUUGUGACCUUGGAGUAGUGCAGGAGUUUGUUGUUUAUGUCUUUCUAUGUUUGUAUGUUCUUACGACAUCUUAUUAGUUUCGAUGAAUUUCUUGUAGUCACAAAGUAAAUGUUGUAAUGUUAGUGUAGCCAGGUGUAAUAUUAUGACUUAUUUGAAUAAUUAAUGGUGUAAUUUUAGUAGAAACAAGUAUCGUAUACAUGUUCAGAAAUUAAAAAAAUGUGCACUGCCAUGAGCUGGAGCCUGUGGUGGCGGACGCGCCCGCGGGUGGCCAGCCGCGGUGCUGCGGUGGGCGCUGACGUGGCCGCACGGCUCCGGCUCCCUCCCGUAGUAACACAUUGCUCAACCAUACAAAAGCUAAUUGUUUACGAAGAAAUUAGGAAAAUAAACGGAAUGAGACUGA